UUGAAAAUGGAAUCUCUUAGAAUGAAGCACACCCUUGAACCUAUACCAACCUAUAUGAAUGUAAGCUUGACUUGAAGAAUAUUAUCCUUAUAAAAACAUGACUCUACAACCUAAUAAACAGUUCCUCCUUGAACGCUUUUUUGGUUAGUUCUCUUAAUUUGCUUGGCAAGUAAUCAGCUUUGGAAUAGGAAACUAUGAUUCAACUCAAAAUUCCAGCCAUCAAGGCACAUGAUUUACCCACAGGUUCCCUCAUCUAUAAGUCAGGAUGAAAAAUUACCUAAAAGCUUUGCUUGGAUCUAAGAAAAUAUUUACACAGAUUUUGAAAGGGUUCUCAUAUCUUUCUUUAGAAUUUGCAUCCACAUUGCCUUUGUAAACUUUAAGCUAAAAUUUCUUGAAUUUUACCCACUCUUAUCGCAUGUUUAGAGAAAACGAAAUUUGGCAGAGAAGCUUUUCAGGAUGAAGAGAAAUAAGAAACUUAGGACCCCAAGCUCAAGGAAACAGAUUUUCUUCAUGAAGAGGAAGAAAAUGUUCAGAAUCAUAAGGAAUCAGGAGUCUUUUUCAAAAUCAAGGACUAUAAAAAGGAAAAAUAAAAGUACUCAAAGAGCCAAGAAGAGUUUGAGAGUCACCUCUAGAGUGGUAGCAAAGAGCCCUCCUCCGACACAUAACCUUAGAAUCUUCUGAAUUCCAGAUUGCGAGACCUUCAAAGAUCCAAAGGAAAGGUACAUUGCUGUACUCAAGAAAGUCUAUAAUGCAGUUGGAAGAGAUCUCAGAGGGUUUCACUCUUCUUUAGCACUUCAGAAAGUUCUUUUAACUUGGGAGUCAGUCAAGAGACAAGGUAAUGCUUCCUUUUAA